UAUUUGCACCCCACUCUACAUUAUAAAAACACAAACCUUGUCCUCUUAUAAACCACAAACAAAAUCCUUUCCCCAAUAUUUCCAAAAAUGGAAACUUUAAGAAAACCUCUCACCCUCAUUUCCCUCAUUGUCUUAGCAACUACGUUCUUCUCCAAAUCAGUCGAACCAUGCAACCCCAUCGACCAAGAAGCCCUCCUUGAUGUAAAACAUCGAAUCACCGACGACAGUCCCUUCCACCUUCUCAAAACAUGGGUCUCCACCACUGAUUGCUGCACAUCAUGGGCGGGCGUGAGCUGCAACACCGCAGGUAGGGUUGUCAACGUCUCAAUGUCCGGCCUUCAAGACUCACCCGUGUUCGACAUUAUUGACACCACUAUGGUCGGUACACUCUCCCCUUUCUUAGGCAACCUUACGUAUCUCGAAUACCUUGAUCUUAGCAACAAUAAAAAUCUAACAGGUCCAAUCCCAACAGAACUAGGCAAAUUAUCAAACUUAAUGCAUCUAUUUUUAGACACAAAUCAACUAACUGGCUCAAUAUCCAUUUCAUUCGGUAACCUUUUCAAACUCAAGAGACUCUAUCUUAGUAACAAUCAACUAACUGGCUCAUUAGACAACGAUAUUUUCAAAUCUAUGCCAUCUUUGUCAGAACUCGGCUUAUCAGAAAAUAAAUUUUCCGGGCGAAUUCCUACGUCGAUUGUGAAUUUGAUCGGGCUUACAAAACUCGAUCUAAACACGAAUCGCUUCUCGGGUAACAUUGUAGCUGAUAUUGGUAAGCUUAAGAAACUUACAUACCUGGAUUUAUCUGUGAAUAAUCUGGCAGGAAGUAUACCAAAUUCAAUGGGUCAAUUAUCCCAACUGAAUCUGUUAUAUCUGAAUGAUAAUAGUCUAAGUGGGUCGAUUCCUUCUUCGAUUAGCCAACUUGGUUCAUUGCAAUUUUUUAGGGUUUAUAACAACAAGAUUAAUGGGGUUUUACCGAGUUCGAUUGGGAAUCUUUCGAAACUUGAGAGAAUGUAUUUGGAUAAUAAUAGGAUUACUGGGAAUUUGCCGGCGAGUUUGGGAAAUCUUGUUGCAGCAACUGAAUUGAUCUUUAAAAAUAAUCGUUUUGUAGGGAAAAUCCCAGAAACUUUGGGGAAUCUUAAGAAUCUUACAUCGUUGGAUUUGUCUGAAAAUGGGCUGAGUGGGAAAAUUCCGGCAACUUUAGCUGGAUUUCCUGCUUCUUCAUUUGCUGCUAAUCCUGGGCUUUGUGGUGCUCCUCUUUCUCCUUGUAAGAACCGAUAAUAUAACUUUAUAAGUGUGUGUGUGUGUGCAUUUUCACAAUCAGUUUUUUAAUUAGUUUGAUUUAUGUCAUUGUAUUUGUAUUGUAUUUCUUGUGUUGACUCAGGAGCAAUUAUUUAGGGAAAAUGUCUGAAUAAAGCUGUAGGCCCAAAGUUAUUAGAUGCGAUAGUGAUAUUUUAUCUGUAACAACUAAUAAAAACUAAAUAGUGAAAAAACUAAGAAAUGUUUUGAAAAAAAUUUGCUAUCUUCAA